UGACCUAAGCCCACAUCAUCUUUUAUUUCUUUCACCUCCACUAUUCUCUUGUGCAAAGCGGCAGCCACCAGUUCUCAAACUAACACCGGCGACCGUAACGACUCCGGUCAGCGACGACUAACGGCGCCUCUGAAGCCCAACUAACUGCGACGCAAGCUCCUUCAUGCAGCGGCGAUGCUCUAUUCACGAACCACGACGCCCAAAUCUACCUACGGCGGCUCGAUUCCUCUGCUUUCUUCUCAGUAACGGCGGUGUUGUGACAGUCUAAAUUUCAAUCUAUGGAGGCCAUGGUGAAAAAGUAUCAGCAGAGAUUCAGGAAGUUCAAGGAUGAAAUGGAUCGCUGGGAUGAACUUCAAGUUCGUUUGAUUUCGCAGUUCCAAAAUGCUUCCUCCAUCAUUGGGAGGCUGCAGUUGCUUCAGGAUCCUAAGAAUUUUGGAAGUCUGUCUGGCAUGGAUGGCAUUGUAGAGGCGUUAUUGGGGAAGCAGAUGGAAUCCUUGCAACUUAGUUUCUCUUCCAUUAAAAAAACAAUGGAAGAACUUGGGAACGUUGUCAAUUCAAUGGAGAAGAUUUAUCGUGACGGGAAGCAAUUAGUUAAAGGCGGUUCCAAUCAGCCAUCAAUAAAACAACUACAACAAAGAGUUGGUUUAAAACCCAGCCUUGAAGAUUGUUUGAAUGGGUUAAUGGUUCUCUGCAACAUGCACCGCUCUGAGUACAGUCUUAAAGAAUCUAUCGUCUCAGCACUUCCGGAACUUUUCUGGAAAGCUAGGAAUCAUGGAGCUCAAGACCUCAGCUCCUUACAUCAACUCUUGGUUGACCAACCUAACAUUAAGAAAGAGGAAGAGUGUCCUGAAUGGAAGAAUGCUGUCAUGGAAGAGAUGAAAGCUUUUGGAAAGAAUAACACUUGGAGAUUUGUGCUCUACCCAAGGGACACAAGCCUGUGGGAUGCAAAUGGGUGUUACAUUCUCAAAUACAAAGUAGAUGGAACACUUGACAGACACAAGGCAAGGUUAGUUGCAAAAGAGUUUACUCAGACCUAUGAUGUUGAUUAUUUAGAAACUUUUUCUCUUGUUAAGUUGAAUACUGUCAGUCCUUCUUCCUAUUGCUGUAAACAAAGAUUGGCUUCUAUAUCAACUGGAUGUUAAAAAUGCUUUUUUGAAUGGAGAUCUAGUGAGGAGGUUUACAUGAGCCCCCGCCUGGCUCUGAAGCCCAAUUUGGUCAGCAGGUUUGUAAACUCCAGAAAUCCUUAUAUGGUUUAAAAGUCACCCAGAGAAUGAUUUAACAGAUUCACUACCUUUGUCAAGUCCCAAGGGUACAGUCGGACAUUUUAAUCAUACUUUAUUUACAAAAGUUUCCAAGAGAGGGAAAAUUGCAGUUUUGAUAGUUUAUGUGAAUGACAUCGUUUUAACUGGAGAUGAUCGGACAGAAAUCAGUCAACUUAAGCAGAGAAUAGGUAAUGAAUUUAAAAUCAAGGAUCUGAGAAAUCUGAAAUAUUUCCUUGGAAUGGAGGUGGUCAGAUCUAAAGAAGGCAUCUUCGUGUCUCAAAGAAAAUAUAUCCUUGAUUUGCUAAUCGAGACAGGUAUGUCGUUCUAGUGACACAACUAUUGAAUUCAACUGUAAACUAGGAAACUCUGAUGAUCAAGUUUUAAUUGAUAAAGAACAAUAUCAACGCCUUGUGGGUAAAUUGAUUUACUUAUCCCAUUCUCGUCCUGAUAUUUCCUUUGCUGUGAGUGUUGUCAGUCAGUUUAUGCAGUCUCCCUAUGAGGAACACAUGGAAGCUGUCAAAAGAAUUCUGAGAUACUUAAAAACGACACCUAGUAAAGGGUUGAUGUUUAGAAAGACAGACAGAAAGACUAUUGAGGCAUAUAUUGACUCGCACUGGGCAGGAUCUGUUGUUGACAGAAAGUUUAUCUCCGGUUAUUGUACAUUUGUUGAGGGCAAUUUUGUAACUUGGAGGAGUAAAAAGCGAAGUGUUAUAGCCAAGAACAGUGCUGAGGCUGAAUAUGGAGCUAUGAGUUUGGGUAUAUGUGAGAAAAUUUGGCUUCAGAAAGUCCAAUCUGAUCUUCAUCAAGAAUGUAAGACUCCAUUGAAGCUCUUUUGUGAUAAUAAAGCCGUUAUUAGUAUUGCUAACAUACCAGUUCAGCAUGAUAGAACUAAACAUGUUGAGAUUGAUCAAUAUUUCAUCAAAGAAAUACUUGAUAGUGGGAGCAUAUGCAUUCUGCACAUCCCUUCGAGCCGACAGGUUGUUGAUGUCCUCACCAAGGGACUUAUCAGACCAAACUUCGACUUUUGUGUUAGCAAGUUAGGCCUCAUUGAUAUUUACGUCCCAAUUUGAGAGGGAGUGUUAGAAUUAGUGGGCUUAGCCCAUUUGGGAGAUUUACCCUAAAUAUUCUUUCCAUUUUUAUCUUUUUGUACUUUUCUAUUUAUUCCCUUCUUAUACCUAUUGUAUGAUUAUCAGAAAAUAAUAAAACUAAAAACAUCGUGGUUUUUCUCU